AUACGCGAUGGAGGAGGCGGGAUGAAAACAAACUCUGUGAUUGGUUACAGCAGCGAAAUGUAAAUGAGUCUUAAAGGGAGGUGUCUUUGCCUCUACUGGAAUGCAUAGAGUUAGGACGACACAAACACCUUCGUCUUUAAGUGGCGUUUAUUUACUAAGUUUCAGACUUUGAGCACCACGCCCCGGUGGCGGAGUCAGUGACGAGCUGACGUCGGCGAAAUGAAAUCGGCUGGUUGCACUUUUCCUCACAGAAUGGAAGAAGUCGGGGAGGUGAAACGGACUAAACUCGCCUGACUUUCAAGGAUAUUGAACUCGCUUUGCCUUUUUUCUGAGUGUUGGAACCCCAUUAUAACGAAGCCAACCUCUGUGGCUGCUCAUCCCAUAGUGCCCCCGUAUGGACGAUGAGGAGGAUGAUGUUUUUGAGCCGGACCCCCACUGCUGGCGCACCACAUUCCAGGAGAUAAAGUGUGAAGAUCGGGGCACGCAGACACCUGGCCCGGCCCUGGCACCCAACAACGGCAUGCUGCCCUGUGGAGUCGCAGAGGAGCCCAGACCACUCUUCUACGGCAACGCUGGUUUUCGAUUGCACUUCCCAGCAAACUUUGAGCUCGUCGGGGAUCAGGAAGAGAGGAGACAAGAAAGCCAGCAGCAGCAGCAAAGCGGGAUGGAGCCCCCCCGACAGGAACCUGCGGCCCGCAGUGUGGAGGCCUGCAUCGGCCAGAAGCUCCAACUGAUAGGAGACCAGUUUCACCGAGAACACCUACAACUGUAUCAUCGAAACCAAAGGAACCAAGGGCCUCUGUGGUGGCGUCUGGGUGCAGCUCUGCUCAGCCUUCUGUUUGACAGGGGCUUCAUCGCUGGAGGAGGUGGAGCAGGACGGAGGUGAGGGGGUCUUCCCUCUAAAUCCCUUUUUCUUCAUCCCUGAGGAACUGGACUCCUAAUGGCACUGUCAAAUUUAACACGGGUCUGAUUAUUUUGGGAGGGACAAAGGAAGCAGAGUAGAAGUCGCCGCGGGACGGAGACAACACAUUUUUCUACAAGGCGGAGUGUUUCUUUUUUCUUUUUUUUUUUUCCAAGAAGAUGCCAUGAUCCUCUGAGAUUCCUCUUAAGGACAAUGUCCAUAUUUUGGUAUACGUGUGGUGAAGUAGUUUUGUACAGUACAAUGUUAAAUUUUUUGCACUUCAACAUGUAUCCAUCUUUAAUGACCUCCGCAGACCCUGGGAAUGCCUUAUUCAGUGUCUUCUGCCAGAAAGAGUAUUGAGAAAUCUUGACAGGCAAGAUGAGAGGGUCAGGAGAUGAGAGGAAACGCGGUGUGAGGUUUUCUUUUCUGGAGUUUUCCAAGCAACCCGGCAAGUUGAUUUCCAAAGAGGCCACUUCUCAGAACAAAGCAUUUUGCACCUCACCUCAAUGGAACAUUUUAUUUUUCUUUAACUCUUUUUUUUGUUUUCUUACUCCUCAAUUUCUUUGGUAUGGUUUUUAAGUUUGAACACGGUCCCUGAGUAUCAUUCAAAAACAUUUGGAGAAAAGUGAAGUCCUUAUAUAUGCGCAAAAGUCUGCACACCUUGACUUGUAAUCUAAAUGUCUUUUUGAAUCAGCACAGAUGUUUCGAGCCAAGCUUUUCUGCAGUCAGAUGCUUCAUGUAGAACAAUCAGAACAUCUUGAUCGCUCAAGAAUAUCUGUGUUGAGCGCUAAAUUCAGUCCGUUUAAUCAGAUAUAAAUUAAUUAGUAACCGUGGAAUUGUCUAACAAAAUUCAAAUGAUAAAAUUCCCACAAUCUUAAAGUUUUUUUGACUACAUUCAAACUCAAAAAGAGACAACUUUAUUGACUUUAACUGACUGUAGUAUCAGUAUUAUACUGUUUUACAAUUAUCCUGUGAUGAUAGGACUUCACUGAGUCACAUCACUUUAAGGAUCUUAUGACACAGAUUCUGUUAUUAGUGUUUUUCUUAUGGAGUAUUGGUCAAAGGUAUUAAUGGAUCUUGUGUGAGACUUUGAAAAUAAGUCACACACAUGAGAAGAUAUUUAGAUUCAAGUAUGUUGUGCUGACUCUCACGUCGAAUUGUAAACUAUCAUGAUCUAACGAUACUAUCUGGUUGAGUUUACAGCAUUGAUACUCCACUUCCCAAAUUCCCCUUCAGAUCCCACCUCCCUUUGUGUUUUAGAUGUGUUUGUUUCAUGUGAUUGUUUUCAGACCUCCAUGCCCUUGAAGUGGAACUGUGGAUCCACUGUUUUUGCACUAGACCUCAUCAACCCUUCAAGAGUUCAGACAGUUACCAAGCAAACCUCUGACUUUGCAUGAAGGUUUCAGUUAAGGCUUAUUUUCUUGCCACAACAUUUCAGGCAUAUUCACCUUCAUGCCCACGCCACAUGUUGAGACGUGACAGACGCAGUUAUGAAUCUGGAUUAGAUAGUGGGUUCUGGGAACUUUAUGCAUUAGUGUUUCAGGAUACAGCAGUAACGAUAGAUCCACGUGCCUCUCCCAGCAAACUGCAUAAUCAAUCUGUGAAUCAGAUCUUCUCAGGCUACUUUUAGGGGAGUUUUCACAUCAUUUUAUAUUCCGGGUGAUCUUUCAUUGUCUUUGGUGCUCGGAUCCACAUUUGGGAUAUUUUUAACAUGUAUAAUCACCAUUGACUCAGCAGACAAACGACUAAAAGACAAGAGUGAAAAUAACUGUAAUUAUUGUUGAAAUAUGAAUAUGUUUGAAGACACUGUUGAAGAUGCUGUUUGUUCUAUUUUCCUGACCCAGGCUGACAUUUUAACCCACAAAGCAGCACAUAUCAGGGGUCUGUAAUCACUCCAUCUUUACAAUGUGUCGACUCUCUGGCUUCAUAAUUAGGGUUUCCUCCCAUUUACUUCAAGAUGUCUCAGGGACGGACUUUGUGGGCUACUGCUAACCUUGAGAAUCUGUUACAUGUUGAGAAGAAGAGGAGUGUUUUCACCCCUUCAUUUACACUCAGGAGGUAUUGUCAAGUCUCUUCUUCUUCACAUGUCAGUUCAGAGUUCUUCUUUUCUGCACACACAUAAAGGUACAGUUUGACUGAGGAGUGCAAGGCUGCCUUGUUGUCUGUGGUUCUGACGGGGGGCUACUGAGCGUGUAGUUGUAGGCGUGAGGUGCACUGAAUGUGGUUGUAGUUAGAGUUUCCUGCGGAUCCUGAAUGCUGAGCCAGUCCCCGUAGCUCCCCCGUCUCACCACCGGCUCUUGGCUUCCUCUUUGUGCUGCUCCUUUAACACAUGGGUAUUGUUCAUCGGUUCACUUUUUUUUCUUUGUAAUUUAUUUUGUAUCUUCUUAUUUAUUUUUGUACAUUUUUUGCCCAUUUCUACUGUAUAGAUGUGUGUGUGCAAUUACUUCUUAUUUCCCUUUUUAACUUUGCUCUUGGACUUCUAUGUGCUUUAGUUGUUUGAGUCUGUGCAGCAGGUUGGACUGCAUUGAACCAUUAUUUUGUUUUAGGAAACACUCAACCCAAAUUCUGCUGUUUUAGCACCACGCAUUUGCUGUAGGCUGUUUAGGGAUUUGUAGUUAUUUUUGGCUCUUUAUGAGAUCCUGCAGCUGGUACAUGUUGUUUUGUAAGGGUUUCAAUAAUCACUUGUUGCUCAGUGAAAUAAUACUUUCCAACGAGUCAUACUUGUUACUAUUGAAACCACUUUAACUAGCAUGGUUUCAAAAUCCACACUGCUGCAAACUACAAGCUUCCCUUCAACAGUUUACAAGAUGGGUGCGAUUUUUUAAAAAAGGGUCAUAUUUGGAUAGAGUAUUCAAGCCACAAGGUUUUUAUUUUUCAAUUCAAACUUUUUCACGUUAUCAUUCAUACGGACAAGCAUUAAGACCACGUUCAAUGAAAGGAAAAACAAUCUGAGAUACUGAGAAUAAAGUUGCAUUACUAUGAGAAUAACAUUUUAAGUCCAUGAUAAAAUAGUCGUUAUAAGCUAUACUAAUUGAUAAAGUUGUAGUUUUUUUCCCCAGAAAAUGGUUGUAACUUGAGGCCAUGGUUAGCCUACAUGUUAUUUGGAAGGUGAAUAUAAUAAGAGCAGCCUGCCACCUCGAUGCAUAUUCUCAAGUACGUGUUUCACUAUAAUACUGAACUUCAAAAACAUUGUGCAGGAAGCUGAGUCAAUUCCAGAGCAGAGCAGUCUAAAAUCUACCCUUGUAAAAUUAACUUUGAAUUCUCAUAAGUCCACAAAUGUGUUCUUCAAAUCUCAGAUUUUUCUUCCUCAGUGUAGCAUCAACACUCAUACAUUCACUAUAUGUGCUUUAAAAAAGCAGCAGUUUGCAUGAGGUUAAUGAGCUCACAGGAAAUGACUGUACCGUUAUAAUGAAUGAGUCAUCAGUCAUCCCACCUGUUGCUUAAUGCACACACAGUAUCAGACAUACCCUCGUAUCCCUCCUGGGUCACAGGCCUUUAGUUUUUGUGUUCAUUUCUUUAAUCUUGAUCAUUGUGUUGUAAUCAAUAUGCACUGGAAAGUACUUUGUUCCUGUAGAUCCCAUGGGUCCCUUAUCUGUUGUGUGUUCAUUUAUAGUAUAUACUCUGGAUUGUUCUCUUGUGUCAGACGUAUAUCUGUGCAUCGACCAAGAAGGCUCGAUUUGACGGCCUGUUUGAUUUAUUGUAAAGGGAAACAAGCCGCCUCUGUGCCCUGUGUAAUUUUAUUAGAAUGAGGUUCCCAAGCUUCACUCACCACGUUACAUGUGAGAGUGGAGAAUCCCUGGAGUGGGACAUGUAUUUUAUGGAAACCGUCAGUGUCUUGAAUUUUUGUAGUCCACUUUAUAUAAAUUUGAAGUUUUCUGAGGAAGGUUUUUGAUUUUACAUUUUUUUAAUGAUAACAUGUCAUCAUGGUCUUUCUUAACUUUUUGAGAUGUAUUUUCUUAAGACAAAGGGGUCUGCUUUUGUAAGGACAGUUCAUUGCUGUAAGAUAAUUUUAAAUAUGAGUAGUGUCCUUUUAGAAGUCCAUGAGAUCAAGGGCAUUUUUGGAUACAAAAAUGAACUUGCAACAUUCCUUGCACAUCUCAUCAUGGUGUAUAAACCAAGCAAACCAAACUCAAUCAUGGUUAUGGUUAAUUUGGCUCAUGAGCUUAUUAGCUAUGAAAGAAUUGCCCUUUUUUCACAGAACAGAUAAAGUGUACAUGUGUUUGUAAAACCCUGGACUAUGCCUUUAACUGCUCAGUUUCUAUGAAGUCUUGAUUAUCACACACUCUCUGUAUACCAAGAAUAUGAGACCCAGCGAAAAUGUAGCAUUUUUGUAAACAUUGACUGUGUGUUUUCGAGACUCUACUGUGCACUCGUUUUGUGUUUAUAUAUAUUUUUUGGUUGUUGACAUAAUAUGGAAGUAAAGACAAUGUGUUAUGUAGUGCAAUAUGCUGUACAUAUGGAGCUUUGCUCUACAAAUCUUUUUUCUGGAUUUUCUUGCUUAUUGGUACUUUUUUUCAAUAAAAUUUUAUUGAAGGUG